CCGAGAUUCUUUUGGAGUUUUUGGUUCACUGUCUGAAGGGAAAAGAAAUGGCCGCCGCCGCUGCAUCUUCAUCACUGACGGAGGAGGAGCUGACGCUGACAGUAAAAUGGAGCGGGAAAGAGUACACGGUUCGAGUCUGCUGCGAUGACUCGGUGGCCGAGUUGAAACGAAGAAUCUGCCAAGUGACGAACGUUUUGCCCAAAAGACAGAAGCUUCUGUACCCUAAGAUCGGAAACAAACUCGCCGACGACUCACUUUUGCUCUCUCAGAUUCCCCUCAAGUCCUCUCUCAAGAUGACCAUGAUUGGAACUGUCGAAGAUGAUAUAAUCGUCGAUCCGAUGGAGACUCCCGAGGUCGUCGAUGACUUCGAAAUUGGGCAAGAUGAAGCUGUUGAUAUCAAAGAUAAAGAGGUUAACAAGCAGAAACUGAAGAGACGCAUUGAUCAAUAUAAGAUCGAACUAAAAACUCCGUGCCGUAAAGGAAAGAAACUGCUUGUUUUGGAUAUAGAUUAUACUUUAUUUGAUCAUCGGUCAACAGCUGAGAAUCCACUUCAACUCAUGCGGCCUUAUCUUCACGAGUUUCUUACGGCUGCAUAUGCGGAGUACGAUAUCAUGAUUUGGUCUGCAACCAGCAUGAAAUGGGUUGAAUUGAAGAUGGGACAACUUGGAGUAUUAAACAACCCGAACUACAAAAUCACAGCCCUUCUAGAUCAUUUAGCGAUGAUCACUGUUCAAUCAGAUACUCGUGGAAUCUUUGAUUGCAAACCACUUGGUUUAAUUUGGGCACAGUUUCCCGAGUUUUACAGCUCAAAGAACACUAUAAUGUUUGAUGAUCUACGAAGAAAUUUCGUGAUGAACCCCCAGAACGGUUUGACGAUUAAGCCAUUCCGGAAAGCUCAUGCCAACCGAGACACUGAUCAGGAGCUUGUAAAACUCACCCAAUACCUGCUAGCCAUUGCAGAUCUUGAUGACUUGAGUGCUCUCGAUCAUAGUAAUUGGCAGUUUUUCACCGACGACAAUACUAAAAGGCGCAGGCAUGCAUAAUCGAUCCGACACUUGACUAGCUAGGAAUUUCAUGUGUCAAUAAUGUUCACUUUUUAAGGGAUCGCGAGCAUCGAGCAGUGCUACUAGUAAAAGCUAGCCUUCUCUACUCCUUAACGAAGGCGUAGCAGCGACUCGAACCUAUAUGAAUAUCAUUUUAUUUGGCAUUAGUUUCAUCUUUUCUGUAUAUUUAUUCACAUAUAUGUAUUGUUUUCAUUGCUGAGAUGACCUAAAAAUGAAACUGGCUCAGGUAUGAGAUAUAUUUUCUUGAGAAGGAAGUUAGUUGCCUGCCUUUGUAAUA